UACUGCAGAGUAUCGAGGAUCGAAAAUGCCUGAACCCGCCAAGUCCGCGCCCAAGAAGGGCUCCAAGAAAGCCGUGACUAAGACCGCCGGCAAGGGCGGCAAGAAGAAGAGAAAGACCAGGAAGGAGAGUUACGCCAUCUACGUGUACAAGGUGUUGAAGCAGGUUCACCCCGACACCGGGAUCUCCUCCAAAGCCAUGAGCAUCAUGAACUCGUUUGUCAACGACAUCUUCGAGCGCAUCGCUGCCGAGGCAUCUCGCCUUGCGCACUACAACAAACGCUCCACCAUCACCUCCAGGGAGAUCCAGACCGCAGUGCGCCUGCUCCUCCCCGGUGAGCUGGCCAAGCACGCCGUGUCUGAGGGCACCAAGGCCGUCACCAAGUACACGAGCUCCAAGUAAACUCACUGCAUCUCACACGUCAACACAACGGCUCUUUUCAGAGCCACACACUAAACUAACGAGCUGUAUUCUUACCGUUAAACAUGCUGCUUACUACGUUGCAACUACUAAGAUCGCGGAUGUGCACCUUUGUGUCACUGGGUGGUGCCAAAAACUGAUUUCCAAUGUUUCCGUGUAUUUUUUUUAUGUGUAAUAUCUUUAUGUAUGUUGGUAAAUAGACUUUGGUGAACAGCGUUCACA